GGGUUAAUCAAACAACACGAAAAUUCAUUCAUUGUCAAAUUCAUCACACUUACUUUUCAAUAUUUCCUUUUUCAUGGAUUCCACAAACUUGUUAAACAAAAAAGAUCAACCAUUAAAUGUUCUACGUUUACUGUUGAUCUGCUUCUUAGUUAUUAUCUUCAUUGUCGGAAGCUUCAUUUUCUUUACUACUAUUUUUACUAUCAUUAGUCAUAAUCAAAGCAUCAUUAUUGAUCCUAAGUAUGGGGUUAGCAUUCUGAAUCGUAGCAGUUUUCCCCCAGAUUUUGUUUUUGGUUCAGCUUCUUCUGCUUAUCAGAACGAGGGAGCAGCUUUACAAGAUGGAAAAGGGCCAAGUAUAUGGGAUACUUUCACCCACAAAUUUCCUGAAAUGAUACCUGAUGGAAGUAAUGGGGAUGUGGCAACUGAUUCAUACAAUCGUUACAAGGAAGAUGUGAAGAUUAUGAAGGAAAUGGGAUUAGAUGCUUACAGGUUCUCAAUUUCUUGGUCUAGAUUACUACCUUAUGGAAAAGUAAGCAAAGGUGUGAACAAAGAAGGAAUAAAGUAUUACCACAACCUUAUUGAUGAGCUUUUGGCAAAUGGAAUACAACCAUCUAUCACUAUUUUCCAUUGGGAUCUUCCUCAGGCACUCCAAGAUGAAUAUGGUGGUUUUAGCACCCCUUACAUAAUCAAUGAUUUCCGUGACUAUGCUGAACUAUGUUUUAAAGAAUACGGUAACAAGGUGAAGUAUUGGACUACACUUAAUGAACCACAUAGCUAUAGUACAGAAUAUCAUUCAACGGCAGUCUAUUCAUCAAAACAAUGUCUCAAGUCCAACCCUGAGAAUUGCACAAUUGAUUUUGGCACUGUACCUUAUCUUGUUGCCCAUUACCAGCUUCUAGCUCACGCUGCAGCUGUUCGAAUUUAUAGACAAAAAUACCAGGCAUCUCAGAAAGGUGUAAUCGGCAUUGUCUUGAAUGCAGUGUGGCAAGUUCCUUUUUCUGAAGCAAUGAGUGACCAAAAUGCAGCUGAAAGAGCUCUUGACUUCUUGUUUGGCUGGUAUAUGGACCCUAUAACAUAUGGUGACUAUCCACGUACAAUGCGCUCUUUGGUGCGCAAUCGCUUGCCUAAGUUCUCAAAAGAGGAAUCUGAGAUGCUCAAAGGGUCUUUUGAUUUCCUUGGUUUAAAUUAUUACACUAGCAAUUUUGCCGCUGAUGCUCCUGAUUUCAAGAACAGAACGCCUAAUUACAACACUGAUUCACUCGUUUAUAAGACUACUGAACGCAAUGGAAUUCCGAUUGGCCCAACGACUGCUGCAGAUUGGCUUUACGUCUAUCCAAGAGGAAUAUAUGAUCUUCUGCUCUACAUAAAACGAAGAUAUAAAGAUCCAAUCAUAUACAUUACAGAAAAUGGGACUGAUGAGUCGAAUGAUGCAACAUUGUCUCUCGAAGAAGCUUCAGCUGACUCGAUGAGAAUACAAUACUAUCAUGAUCAUCUAGCCUUCGUGCAACGAGCAAUUGUUCGGGAUGGAGUUAAAGUGAAAGGCUAUUUUGCUUGGUCUUUGAUGGACAACUUUGAGUGGUUGUAUGGCUAUACUGUUCGCUUUGGUAUCAUCUAUAUUGACUUCAAAGAUGGACUCAAACGAUAUCCUAAGCAUUCAGCUAAAUGGUUCAAGAAUUUCCUUGAAUAACACAUUUUUUAGAGUAUUACUAAAAAAAUUGUGGCUAUACUUCAUAUUUUCAAUAUUUUUUCAAUUUGUAUUCUUUGGGUGAUUAAAUUUCCUAUUAAUUGAGGAAAAGUAUUUGUAAUAAAAACUACCUCUUAAAUCAAUUACAUGGACAUAAAUAUUCCAUUUGGUUGGAAUUAAUUGUUAUGUACUUAUUUUCAACACUAUUAAAUACAUUAUUUUGAUCAUUAA